ACCAACUAUAUCGUUAAUACUUUAUCAACGUAUAGAGUAGGAAAUAUGAUAUAUACAUAAUACAAAAGAUAUACAAAUUAUUGAAAGAGGGGAUGGUCGUACUCUGCGCAAACGCGGCGGAACUUUCGAUUGUGUCCGACCAUAUAAUUAUCUUCGUUCCGUCUAUUUUUGUUCAGUAACUCGCAAAUUUAUAAUGCAAAAUGAUACCUUAUAUUCACUCUUAAAAUCUAUUUAAGAGACUAUUGCUCUUUAGUUAAGAAAAACGGUAUGUUACGGGACCGUGUUCAACUGACAUUCCGCCUUCACAAACAUCAAAAAAUCAAGAAUAACCGCAUGAUUAUAUAGCGUCUGCGCUAAAUAAAACUGAGGAAGUUUUAUGAAGAAUUACAUGUAAAUAAAGAAAGAAAAGUUAACGAGAUAAAAAGGAAGUAUUUUUGAAGUUGGAAAAAUUUCAAAGAUUUCACCAAGUACGCCUGAAGGUCAUUCUCUACAGAUGACUGUUUUGAAGAAAUUAUUUGGCAAGUACCUUUUGGUCACGAACACUGUUAGUUGUGGUUUGAUGAUGGCAGGGGCAGAUAUGAUCCAACAAAGGCGUGAACACUGGAAUAAAGGCAACGAAAAUUUGUCGAACAGAACUCGCGUGAUGGCAGCAUCGCCGGACGAUGAACAGCGAGAAGAGUUCAGUAACACUGCAACGUACAUACAUAAUUAUAUGCGAACUAGAAACAUGACAGCGGUGGGUUUACUUCAAGGUCCGUUCCAUCAUUGGUUCUACAUGAUGUUAGAUAAAAUGUUCCCUGGCAAGAACACUUUAACCGUUGUUAAAAAGAUGUGUCUCGACCAAACGAUCGCGAGUCCUAUCUGCUUGGGCAUAUUCUUCGUAGGUCUUGGUGUAUUGGAACAUCGCAAAAUCGAGGAAAUAUACAAGGAACUGAAAGCGAAAUUGUACGAUACGUGGAAGGUCGAUUGCUGUUUUUGGCCUCCCGCUCAAUGUGUAAAUUUUCUUUUCGUACCUCUGCAUUAUCGAGUACUGUAUACGAAUUUUAUGACAAUGAUCUACGAUAUUUUCUUGUCGUACAUGAAAUACGUAAGUUGCAGUUUUCUUCUUGGUCAAAUAAUAACUUUUUUUUUACUUAUCGCAAUAAAAUUCGUCACAUUUAUUACUCUUUCUUUUACAGGAUGCUCAGUAUGAAGAGUGACACAUCUCUGAGACAAUUUAAAUUACGUAAAUCGCUGAAUUUAUUAAUAUUCAUUUCAUUGCUGAUUACAUAUAAUUAGUAUCGUAAUACCAUAUAAUAUAUACAUAUUGUACUAAAAAAAGAAUAAAGGAAUUGUUGUUUUCAUGUAACAAAUUAUGCACGUAUGAUUUUGAAAUCCCAUUAUCGAUUUAGUUGGAUAUCUCUGUAUGUUAGAUUAUAUUCGCGGUUAAUAACAUGAAAGAUCAAAUAAAUACUGCAGUAUUCAUUGAGACUUACGGUGGCGUCAGGUGUUUCGAAACGACGCUUAUCGAAACAUUUAUCACAUGAGACAAUGUAUGUGCAACUGUGAUGCAUCUUUGAAGAAUUUUCGUUCGGUUUCUUAUCGAGCGUAAUAAUCGUCUAUUGAAUGUAAGUUGUUUAUUAGAAUGACAGCUUUUGUUUGUCAUUCGGCGGCACUGAGAUUAUUGUCUUCUAAGCCGUCAGUCGCCAACGAGCAAAUACCGAUUAUAGAAGUGUAAAUACAAACAAUAAACCGUGCAAACGAUAAACAAGACUGUUGGAUAUUUGUGUACUUCCCAUAAUUAAGGGUUAUGGAUGAUUUUAUCCAUGAAGAUUAAGUUAAUAUAUCGAGGCAUUGUUUUUAUGUUCAACCACUUGCUAAAAUAUGUAUUUUAAUCGCUUUUUCAUUCAUUUUCUAUCGAAUUUCCAAAUUUCGUUAUACGGUGAGAUACCUAACAAUGAAAUAAACGAGUAAUUUCUACAGUGAAACUUGAAAGGAAAUUUUGAAAAGUUAAGCAAUAAUAGUUUAGAAUAUAGUUACAACCGAAACAUAAUUAAUAUUUAUACGACUUUGAUCGAUCGACAUUCUAUUGACAAUCAUUUACGUUCACCGUCCCUCGUUUGUUUGUAAAUAGAUUUAGUAAAUAUUCUCUCUCUCUCUCUCUCU